AUGCAGCGCGCGCUCCCGCUGGAGCUCGCGGAGGCCGCGAGCGGCGGUCGCUCGGGCUGGUGGCGGCGGCUGCCGAGCUGGUGCGCUCGCCGCCGCGCCGCGGGCGCGGCUGCGCGGGCGGCUGCGGCGCCGACCCCCUCGCCCCAGGGCGGUGCUGGCACCUUCGUCCAGCAGCAUGUGGAGGUCCACGUGCACGUCGCGUGCGGCGCGGACGCCGCGCAGGCCGGGCGCGCCGCGGCUGAGGCAGCCGUUGCUGUGCUGGGCGGGACCCCUUGCGGGGCCGGCGCGUCGCCGGCCAAGCGGGCGCCCGAGGCGGGCGCAGCGGCGCGCCGCGGACGGGCUGGUGGCAGCCAGGCUCCGGCGCGCGCCCCGCGCCCAGAGAGUUGGGCCUACGCCGUGUGGCGGCAUCCCCUGCGGCCAGAGCUGCGGGGCGUGCACUGCGGCGGCGGCGCGGCUUGGCGGGAGCUGUCGGCGACGCUGCCGGGCGGGCGCUACACGUUCUCGUCGGGCGCGAGGCUCCGGCGCUACGCCAGCGAGUCGGCUGCCGUGGAGGGCUACGAGGCGGAGGCGGCGAAGCACGAGGCGCCGCUGCCCGCGCCGCUGUUCGACGUGCUGGCCCCGCGCCUCGCUGCGGAGGAGUACGAGUGGGAGAUGCGGGUGGCGGAGCUGACGGACGACUACAUGCCCCUGCAGGUGGACGUCUCGGUGGUGCACCGGGGGCUGAGCGCGGACGGCGCGGGGAUCGCGGUGCCGAUCGUGCCGAUCCGCAAGGCGGGCUCCGUGCUCACCAUCGCGAUCCCCGCGGACGUGUGCCCUUGGCUGAGCCCCCACUUCGCCGCGCUGGGCGACCCGGUGCACUUCCCCCCGGCUGUCGACGGCCAGAUGGCGACGGUGGCGUUCGAGAGGGUCAGCUCGGAGGGCGGGGCUUGGAUGGAGCCCGCCACGGGCAGCGGCCAUGGGGCUGGCGACGGACGCUGGCCUGCGGCCCGCGCGCUGGUUUCCCUGGCAGCUUCUCUGCCUGCGGCAGUGGCGGGCGACUGCAUCAAUCCAGAGCGGGACUACUCCAGCGCGCUGGUCCCCGCCGCGCGCGCGCUCAGCCCAGAGGACCUCGACGCGGUGCUGGGCGGCGCGCUAGGGUUCGGGCCCUGGCGCGGGCUCCUUCGCUUGCGCUGGCCGCCGCCGGAGCCCGAGCCGGGAGGCGAGGGCCAGAUCGUGGGGCCCGACGGGCAAGGGCUGCCGGGCGUCGUGACGCCGCCCCGCGGGGGCGCCGCUGCUGCAGCGGCCGCGCCUUGGGAGCCGUGGCCCCCGCCCGAGCCUCCCGCGCGCGCCGGUGGCGACGCGGCUGCUGCCGCUGCUCGGGCCGUGACGCCCCAGGCCAAGGGCGCAGCCUUGGCCGCUGGCCGCGCGCGAGCCGCGCGGGGGCGCGCUGGCCCCGCCAGCAGCGCCGAGGAGGAGGACAGCGCCGCCGAGAGCCGCCGCGGCCCCGCGCGGCCCCGCCCUCCCGCGGCCUCUGGCCGCACGACGGUCGCUUCGCUGGCCGCCGUGCUGGAGCGCCUGGAGGCUUCGAACCAGGACGUGCUGAGGCGCAUGACGCUGCUGGAGACGGUGGGGCGCCCACCGGCUGGGGGCGCGGGGGCAGUGGGCGCCGCGGAGCCCGCGCUGGGCGAGGCCGCACCCGCCCUGACCGCAUCCGCCCCCUCGCAUCCUCAGGUGCUCGGCCCGGCGCGAGGCGCCGCGGCGGAGCAGGCGGCGGUGCAGUGGGCGCUGCAGGCCGCGGGCGCGCCGCCCCUGGCUCGCUUCGGGCAGCCCAUGCCUCUGAACGCUGUGCAGGUAGCCCAGGCCCGCGCCAACUGCGCUCGUGCUCACGGCGUGCCGCUCGCCGACGUCACCGAGGGCGCGGUGCGUAGGUCGGCGGAGGGCAUCUUCGCGUGGUGCCAGGCCGGGGCCGGCGCGCCCGCCGCCGGGCGCGUGGGCGCUGUGGCCGCGGCCCCGCCGCCGCCGGCAGGGGCCUCGCCGGCCGAGCUGGCCGCCCAUUGGGCUGCCGUGGCCGGGCUGCAGCGGAUGCCUGCUGGCGCCGAGCCCGACGCGCUGGCCGGGCUAUUGCAGCCGGGCUUCGACGAUGGGUCCGCCGCUGCUGGCGAGAUGCCAGGGGCCCGCGGCGCUGCCAGCAUGGAGAUGCUGCGGCGCGACCUGCAGGCGCGUCCAGCGGCAUGGUCAGCCAUGAUCAGGAGGAACGCGGAGGUGGCGCUGGCGGGCACUUCGGACGACCCCGACCCGCGCGUGCGCAGCCUGGUGGAGUUCGUGGUCAGGACGGGCACGAUCAACCGCGGCAACAGGACGGCGACCUACCUAGGCUUCGGGAUCGCGCGGGUCGCGGACCUGUUGGCGCGAGGCCAGCUCGAGGCGGCGGAGGCGGUCAUCCUGCUGCUGCUGACGGCGCUGGAGCAGGCGCAGAGGGACAACGGGCGCUCGCAGCUGGCCUGGCUCCUCACUCACCUGCCCGAGCCGCCGUGGUCUCAGAUGACGACAGGUUCCAGCGGCUCGGUGGACAGCCUGCGGCCCUUCGGCCACCUGGCCGAGCCGACGUGGACCACGGCAGCGAUGGCCUACACCAAGGACGCAGCCUCCCUGGCCGAGAUCAGGAAUAAGUUCAACAACGACCGCGGCGGCGGCAAGAAGGACGAGGAGGAACAGCGGCCGCCCAAGCCGCCCCCCAAGGGCGGGCGCGGCGGGGGCGGCAAGGAGGGUGCGUAG